AUGACUACGCUACCUUACGCCGACGUCGAUUGCAGCCUCAGGUCUCUAGCCGGCCGUGCCGAGGGCUUCGGCCGAUUCGCCGUCGGUGGUCUUCACGGCGAUCUCUACGUUGUCACUUCUCUUGCAGAUGAUGGACCUGGGACUCUACGCGAAGGAGGUAGGAGGAAAGAGCCAUUAUGGAUUGUUUUUGCUGUUUCUGGAACUAUAAAUCUCAAUUCAUACUUGAGUGUAUCGUCUUACAAGACGGUCGAUGGAAGAGGACACAGGAUUAAGAUCACUGGGAAAGGAAUUAGAUUGAAGGAAUGUGAACAUAUUAUCAUUUGUAAUCUGGAGUUUGAAGGUGGUAGAGGUCAUGAUGUUGAUGGUAUUCAGAUUAAACCAAAGUCUAGACAUAUAUGGAUUGAUCGGUGUAGCUUGCGCGAUUACGAUGAUGGCCUUAUCGAUAUUACUAGACAGAGCACGGAUAUCACCGUUUCUAGAUGUUAUUUUGCACAGCAUGACAAGACAAUGCUGAUUGGAGCGGAUCCUUCUCAUGUUGAUGAUAGAUGCAUCCGAGUGACCAUUCACCAUUGUUUCUUCGAUGGAACGAGGCAGAGGCAACCUCGUCUCAGAUUUGGAAAAGUUCAUUUGUACAACAACUACACAAGAAACUGGGGAAUAUACGCUGUCUGUGCUAGCGUAGAAGCGCAGGUAUUCUCUCAAUGCAAUAUAUAUGAAGCGGGAGCGAAGAAGAAAACUUUUGAAUACUACCCAGAAAAGGCUGCUGACAAGGAAGAACUGAGAGCUGGAUUAGUACGAUCUGAAAAUGACUUGUUCUUAAAUGGAGCUCAACCUUCCAUGUUGACAGGAGCCGGUGAAGAAUGUGUGUUUCAUCCAAGCGAACACUACCCGACAUGGACCGUAGAGCCACCAACAGAAACUCUCAAGCAAAUCAUCAAAAUUUGUACCGGUUGGCAAUCUUUAUCCCGUCCUUCUGAUCAUGGAGUUCCUAAGUAG